AGUAUACAGACCAGCCAAGUGGGCGGUGAUCUGGCAUGCACAGCAAAUACAAUUCUUAAUUUAACGUUAGACUUCAGUUGUACUGUAAGUUGUAGAACAACUAAGGUUUUGGCAAUCUUAUGGAGUUGACGAUUGAUCCGAGAGACACCAGAUAAACAAUGGCGGCGUCAGCAUCAGAGAACAUCCAGAAGCAGGCAUCCUCACUCUUCUCUCAGUUGAAGUAUGAGCAUCUUGUGGCGGGCAUCAGCGGUGGCGUUCUCUCUACCAUGGUCCUUCAUCCGCUAGAUCUCAUUAAAGUCAGGUUUCAAGUGAGUGAUGGAAAUCAAGCACGGCCCACGUACAAUGGACUGGUCCAUGCCUUCCGGAGCAUUGUCAAGCAGAGGGGCUACCUAGGCCUCUACCAGGGGGUCACACCUAACGUGUGGGGUGCAGGAGCAUCAUGGGGAUUCUACUUCUUUUUUUACAAUGCAAUAAAGACAUACAUGCAGGGAGAUACCUCGACACCGCUUGGUCCUGGACAUCACAUGUUGGCCGCUGCACAAUCGGGUGUGUUAACUCUCUUCAUAACCAAUCCUAUAUGGGUGGUGAAAACACGACUCUGUCUUCAGUACGAUGGCAUUGACAAGAAGACCGAUGCUGGACAUUCAGGGAGGAGAUAUCGAGGGAUGUGGGAUGCCUUGAUCAAAAUCCAUAGAUACGAAGGACUUCGGGGACUCUAUAAGGGUCUUGUGCCAGGACUGUUUGGUGUAUCCCAUGGUGCAUUGCAGUUCAUGGCUUAUGAAGAGCUAAAGAAGUCGUACAAUAGCUACAUGGGUCUACCAUCAACGGGACAACUGGGUGCCUUAGAAUACAUCACCUUUGCAGCGUUAUCAAAGAUGUUUGCUGUAGUAACCACGUACCCUUACCAAGUAGUACGGUCCAGGUUACAAGAUCAACACGCGCAGUACCAAGGAGUCAAGAAUACAAUAAGUGUAACCUACAGGGGUGAAGGAUGGAAGGGCUUUUAUAAGGGAUUGGUACCAAACCUCUUGAGAGUCACACCGGCAUGCUGUAUAACAUUCGUUGUCUAUGAGAAGAUAUCCCAUGCGUUACUGCCACCCAAAGGAUGAACUUUCAGGGAUAGGUGUACAGAUGACAAGACAUGGACGAUGCAGUAACCUUCAGUACUUCUCACAACCAACAUCAGAGGGUGCCAAGCGUAGAUCAAAGAUGAUUUUUUUUUUUUUAAUUAGUAGUGCAAUUGUCUUUGCGAGUUUGAACUCGUGCGAAUAUAUUUUCCACUUACAAGGAUUCUCAUUAUGAGAGAUGAGAUAGUUUGUGGUAAAGAUAUGAAAUGAUUGAUAAAUGCCAUCUUUUUAUUCUCAAUGGUGAUAAAAGAUUAUCAUAAUCAUCUAGUGAAGCUUAUGUACUUUUUUUGUCAUUCUUAUUUUACUCUUGGUUGUAAUUUGAGAAUAUGUGACCUGCUUCCCCGAAACCACACGUUACUCAAAAUAAAGUUUUAAGAAAUUUUCAAGUACAGAAAGAAAAUGGAGUCAGAAAAACCUUAGUUCUUUUUUCCUUUAAUAAACAUUACAACUUCAAAUCUUGACAGAAUGAAGAAUUUUUUUUCUCUGUUUUUUUUAAUAUUUACUAUUUCAAGUCAAAUUGAUAUUUCAGCUAAUGUUGGUUUUGGGGUGGCUGGACACAUACCGGUAUGUUAUAGAGUACUGAAGUGAUGGUGUCACAAACAACUUUUUUGGCAUUCCAGCGUUUUUGAUACCAUAUUUUAUA